AAUCCCCAUUUCCCUCCCUCCCUACGCAAACCCACCCUCCCAAGAAAAUCCUUAAAACAAACCCUAAUUUUCCUCUUUUCUCACCCUAGAAAACCAAAACCCUAAUUCCCCAAACCCCCAAAUUUUCUCUCUCCUCAAUUUUCAAUUCUCAUGCCAUAAUGACCCAAACCCCAAAUCCCCCAUUUCUUCAACUCCCUCAAUCUCUCUCCUCCUCCGCCGCUAAAUCCUGUUUCAACUGCAACUCCGACAACAAUUGGAUCCUCCACAACAUUCGAAUUCAACCAGGAUGCAAAAAAUUAUGCACUUCUUGUGUUCUCAAACUCCAUCCGACGUCGUUUUGUCCUACUUGUUUCAACCUCCAUGACCCCAAUUCUCUAAACCCUCUUCCUCCAUCUUCUUCCUCUUCUUCUUCCUCUAAUCAUCGUACUCUCACGUGCCUUAAAUGUAACUCAGUCUCUCACAUCACGUGUGUUCCUCCUAACACCCCUAAAUCUCCUUAUCUUUGCCCUCCUUGCUCUAACCCUUCUUUUAAAUUCUUUGAUUUUAAAAAACCCAGAAAAAUUCACCAUGAUCAACCUCAAUCUGAUGGUGGUGGUAAUGGUGGUGGUAAUGGUAGUGGUGGGUCCCAUUCAAAGAAGGUUCUUGAAGAUGAAAUACAGUAUCUUGAUGAGAGGGCAGCAAGAGUUUUAUUGCUGGCUGCUAAGAUUUCGACGAUUUCGAUUAAUAAAGCUGCGGCGCAAGCGAGGACGGAGGUAGAGAGGAGAGUUAGAGAGGCUGCAUUGGCUAGGAAAAGAGCUAAAGAAGCUAUUGAUCUUGUUGUGUCUUUGAGUUAUAAGUUGAGUAGUGUUAAACAACAACAGAGAAGGGAGGUUGUUUCGGGUCCAGGAUCGAAUUUUAUGCCUGUUAAGGUGGAAAAGAAUGGUGGAGGCCACAAUGUGGGUGGCGUUGCGGGUGAUCAUAAGGUGGGGAAUGGAAACGGAAAUGGAAAUGGGUCUGUGGUGGUGGUUCCGGUGCCGUUGGCGGUGGUCAAGAGUGGGAAUAAUGAGAAUAAUCAAAUAGCUGGGUAGUGUUCAUUCAGGUGGAAUUUGUUGCUCAUGAUCAAUGGAUGAGUUUUGGGGGAUUUCAAGAAGAUCAGAUUUUGAUUCAAGAUUAGGGUUUACCUUACAACGUACAAAUUACAGAGAGUUCAGAGGUUGCUUUACCAUAGCGGACUCGACAUAUCAGUAUAAGACCAUAUGGCGAUGACAUGCCACAAGGAACUGAGGAAGGUGGUUAUGCUCACCUGUUCAAACAUUGCAGACCGAGUACUGUGUUAAAUUCAAGUGCCUCAAAAACUGUGUGACUUUCUUGGGUCAACCUAUCACUAUAA